AUGAGAGGAUCGUGGGUGACCAUAAUUGCCGUGCUGGCAAUAGCGGCGAGCGUUGCAUCGUUCGACAAGGGUCAAAUCCCAACGGAGUGCCCGUCAACGAAUUCAACGACGGUGCUCCUCCGUCACGAGUACGAUUGCACAAAGUUCUACAGAUGUUCGAUGGGCAAGAAAAUUCUCGCCAAUUGUCCGAUGACACAAGAGAAGUAUAGACUCUACUUCAACCCUGACCUCCAGAUAUGCGACUCGCCGUGGAAAGUAGAGUGCAAGAAUAAAGAAAUGAAUUGUCAGACGGCCGCUACAAACGAUCUAAAUCAACCGCAUCCGUACAACUGUCGUCUCUAUUACACGUGUCAGAACGGCCGAAAGAUACAGAAAUCUUGCACCGGAGAGGAUCGUUUCGAUCACGAACGCCUCAGAUGUCUGCCGAAAACUGAGACCGAUUGCAUAACCUACGUAGAAACGUGUCCACCUGACGGACUACUUGGCACUGUCCUACUACCGCACGACUGCAUCCCGUCGAAAUACUACGAAUGCAGAGAUGGGAAAUUGAUGGAAAAAGAUUGUCCUGAUAAUGAAAAUUUCGACACGAGUCUCAGGCAGUGUGACUCUGUCGUACAAUGCCCUCCACACGGUAACGUCAUUAUUCCACACAAGACAGACUGUAGCAUGUACUACAGGUGCGUGAACGGCGUGAAGACAGAGGAGAAAUGCGAAGAUGGACUCUCUUUCGACAGUGUGACGAGCAUGUGUACCUGGCCACCGAGAGAGGACUGUUCGUUGAAAUCGAACGGUCAAGCGGAAGCAGCUGAAGCAUCUUCGUUCAAACGUUCAGCAAAACUGGCGUCGGAUUUGUCAAGAUCCUGCCAAGAAUCUGACCGGUUUCCACACCAAUGUUCCCGUGACCAGUAUUACGAAUGCAUAAACGGCCAGCUAGUACUUAGAAAGUGCCCGGAAGGUUUCAACUACAACGACCUUUUGAAAUCGUGCGAAAAUGUUGCGAGUACGUUCGCCUACCAGAGCCAGAAAUGUUCCAGAGUCGGGCAACUUCUGCCCUAUCCGUACAACUGCACCCUCUAUUACAGGUGCGAGAGAAAAGACCGCCAAACUCUUCUAUCCUGUCUACAAGGACACCAGUUCAACGCACUCUUGGAAGCCUGUGAUUUGCCUGCAAACGUGGACUGUUUCGAGAAUACACCUUCAGGUACAGAUUGUCCGAUCUUAGACUGUGACGGUGUCAUUCGGUACCGCGACGAGAAAGAUUGUUCGCGGUAUUACCAAUGCGAGAACGGGAAUAAAGUGGGAAAGAAGUGCCCGGAAGGUCUUCAUUACGAUCCCAAGAUCCAGAUGUGCAAUUAUCCGCAGAACGCUGGUUGCACGAUUGACACGUGCAUCACAGGAGACUUGAGCGAGCACGAGUGUCAAUGCCACUUGUACUACGAGUGCGUCAACGGUGAAAAAGUAGUCCGCCCUUGUCCAGAAGGGAAAAAUUUUGAUUACAUAAAAAAGGAAUGCGUUUGGGAGGACAGAGCUAUCUGUAAACCGUCCAACGCUACAGAUCCGCAGUGUAUAGGGAAAUGUUCGUCGAUAAACCCCUGGGAGAAUUUGCCGCACAAAGACUGCCACAAGUAUUGCCAGUGCAAGAACGGAGUCGGUCAAGCUGCCUCGUGUCCCAAGUAUCAGGUGUACAACCCGGUUAGCGGAAGAUGCGAUUGGCCAGAGAACGUGAAAGACCUGAAGUGCGACCCUUUCCCGUGCGGCGAUCAAUCCUCUGGAUCGCGGGUACCGCAUAUGUGUUACUGCGACAGAUAUUACGAAUGCAAAAACGGCGAGAAAAUUCUGGUACACUGCGACAAAGGUUGGCAAUUCGACUACGUGUUACAGAAAUGCAUACUCUCGGAAGCUCAUUGUUACAAAAAUAUCCACGUAAAUCCCCCUCGCGGUUGCAUCGUCAACGACGGAUCCUCCCACGAUCCUUCCGGCACGUAUCCUCACGAAAACUGCAAUCGGUAUUGCAGUUAUAACAACGGACAUUGGGAGAUAGUAACUUGCCGCGAGGAUAGUUACUAUAACACGGACAUAGGUCGUUGCGAUUGGCCGGAGAACAUAAAACAUCUAGGUUGCGAUCCGUUCAACUGCGAGUCUCGCAAAGAUAACGCGACGAUGCCUCACGAGUGCGACUGCAACAUCUACUAUUUGUGCUACAAGGGCAGCAAGUAUCAGAAAUUCUGCAACGAGGGCGAUGGAUUCGAUUUCACGUUGCAUAAGUGUGUCAAGUACGAAGACGGUCAUUGUUACAAGAAGCCUUCCGAGAAGAGACCCGCCGAGAUCGAGGGGUGCAUCGGUACCUGUCCAUCCUCGGUACCUAAUAAUCGCAUACGUUUACCUCACGAGGAUUGCAAGAAAUUUUGCACAUGCGAUUCACCAAAUAUGUACGUGAAUCACUGUCUAAAGGAUCUUGUUUACUGCGACAAGUUGAAGACCUGCACGUAUCAAUAUAGGUCGCAGACAUGCGACAGAGUGAGAGACAUGUAUUUCUACGCAUUAUCGUUAAUUGCCGCUGUCGCGGUAACGGCCUGUGCUGCACAAAGUGUGGACAAUCCCUGCAUCCCGCUAGAACAGUGCCCACUGGAGAACCACAAGAACUAUACCAUUCACUUGGCUGAUCCGUCUGAUUGUCACAAAUUUUACAAAUGCGACCGUGGAUGUGGAUACUUGUUCGAGUGUCCAACUGCAGCAAUAAACUCCAAUAUACACCUGGUCUUUAAUCCAAGAGAUCAAGUCUGUGAUUGGCCCGAAAACGUGCCAGAAGCGUGCGGCAUUCGACCACCAAUAACACCACCACCAAUAACAUACCCACCCAUAACACAACCACCGAUAACAUACCCACCGAUAACACAACCACCGAUAACAUACCCACCGAUAACACAACCACCGAUAACAUACCCACCGGUAACACAACCACCGAUAACAUACCCACCGAUAACACAACCACCGAUCACAUACCCACCAGUAAACCCCGGAGGUGGUAUAGCUAUAAGAUGUCCAGACAUAGGCUCAAUGCGCAUAGCUCACGAGAGUAACUGCCAGUAUUUCUACGACUGUCUCAAUGGAGUGAAGACGCUUCAUCAAUGUAACGAAAACUUAAUUUUCAAUCCGUACGUCGAAGCAUGCGACUACCCUAUACAUGUAGCGUGCAUAAUAACAGGCCAUGUAAGUGUAUAG